AUGGGUAUUAUCCAGACAGCUGACCAGUUAAGAUUUUGUUAUCGAGCAGUCAUUAAGGCUGCGGAUACUUUACUUGGUAUGUCAGUUGAUCAAAGACCGUUUGCCAAGUUUGAACCGGAUAAGGAGGAAGAGGAAAAUGUGUCGGAACCUUCAAGCGAAGAUGAUUCAGAUGAUAUGAGCGAACAAGGCGAAGUUGAAGAUCUUGCUCUGGAUGAUUUCGAUUCAGAAGAAGAUGUCGCUGUCGGUGAUAUCGAGACAGAACUGUUUAAUCCAUUGAAUGAUGUCGGUGUCAGGUUUAGAAAUUAUGAGUUUGGUUCUAGUCUUAAUACCCAAAAUAAAAUCACUAUUUCUCAGUUACGUAGUUUAAACUCUCUCAUCACGUCUGAAGCUGAUUCAGAUCCACUCCAGUUACAAAAAGACCGAUCGUCAGUUGAACAAAAUCACUUGCCAGAUUACUCAGACAAUAAUAUGGUUCUAAGAAGUCAAGUAUAUCACGCCUUCGAAAAACCCGAAAAUGGACUAUCCGAAUUAUCCACUGCAUCAAAUAUUCAUGCAAAUUCAUGUAAAAGGAUUAAUAAUGCUUUACCAACCAGUCAAAUAGAACCAUUUCUUUCAAGAUACGAGAUUAGUAAAAAGAAUCCUAUUUUGUCUACGCUUUCUACAUCGCAUUCAGUCACACCUAAUUUCUAUCCAAAUAAUACUAUUUCGCGUUCUUCUGAAUUUGAAGAUAAUUCCGACUCAUAUACCAAAGAAUAUUUAGCUGCUUCGAUAGAUUUACAUGAACGUCGUACUGCUCGUCUAGCUCGACAAGCCAGAAUGCGUGCACAAAUCGAAGUCAUACGUACACGAAUGCGUGAAACAGAUAUGACACGCAAAAGAUGGCUUCCAACUCAUGUGCUCCAGUAUCUCCGCCGAUUUUAUGCAGAAAGCGGAUAUGUAAAAAGUAAAACUGGUGCCGUAAUCAGCAGUAUCCUUGUAGUUGCCGUUAUAAGUUUCGGUACAAUUGCUUAUAUCUACUGGUAA